UUGAUAUUGGCAACAAAAAAAACAAUUGCCAAGCCUACGUUUUAAGCUUUUUUAUUCUUCACAUUUGACACACAUUCCAAAUCCGUAAAUUUUUCGGCAAAGACUACACUAUGGUAGAUUAAAAGCCGAGAUUCUUGGAACGAGUGCGAGGGAUUGAGAGCAAGAUGGCCCCCAAGGAUUACUCUACGUACCUGAUGCUCGAGCGCAUGAACGAAGAGAACAACACCCAGAAACUGAUACGGCUGUACCGAUCCAACGAGUGCCUCUGGAAUCCCCAGUCAUCAGGUUAUCACAGUCCGUCCGUUAAGGAUAAUGCUUGGCGGCGGAUAACUCGGCUGAUGGACAGCGGACUAACUCCCGACCAGGUGAAGCUUCAGGUACUAGCUCUUCGCAAUUACUACGACAAGGAGUGCACCGCCAUACGGAAGAGCCAGCUGGAGGGCUAUAGCUAUCUCCCUCGUCAUGCGUACUUCGAGGAUCUACAUUUCUUGAAAGGCCCGGAGGGACCAACUGAUUUAAAUGGGGGUAAUGGGGUCCUGGAGGAUGAUUUUAUGCUAGAGGACGAAAGGAAGAUAUGUAAAAAUUCAGAGGAAACAAUCUGCCAAGGAACAGCGUCAUUACACCCCUGCUUGAGCGACAACAAUGAUAAUUUUACCUACUACAAGCUGGUCCUAGAGCCCGAGCAACCAUCAAUAGCAGUCCCAAACGAGGAUGUUGUCGUGGGCCAGUUAGGACGAUCGGCUUCCGGAAAUGAUCGCUGGUAUCCCACCUCCUAUUGCCUGAGAUGUUGUGAGAAUAAGGGGGGAAGAGUGAGUCUCUGCGAAUCGUGCUGUGGACGAGGAAAAAGGUUUUGUCCGGCGAAAGAGAGCGGAAACUCUCUGGGCGAGGAAAGUAGUUAUAACUCGGGUGGGAGGACCCAAUCGAGAAAUCAAUAUGACGAUGACUCCUAUUCAUCUCCACGCACUAGUCAGCCGCGUCAGAAUUUUCGGCCACAGUACCAAAAAUCCCAAUCACCAAGUCCGAGAUAUCAGUGUGAUUCCAGAUGCACAAUCGCAAACUCACAAUCGCAGAGUAAUAGAAAUCAGGAGAGCUCCCGUGACUGUGUAUGCGGUGAAGGUGCCUAUGUGGACAUGGGAAAUUUAGGUGCCAAUGAGUCCGACGGCUCGGACAACUGGCCCAGUCCCCGUCUGUGUGGCCAACGGCGUCCCAAGUUCAAGCCUCGAUAUCGCUAUGUGGUAACGGAUCACGGCCUAAAGGAGUGUUGUGGUGGCUCCUGGAAGCGCAACAAUGAAGCAAUGUGCCGGCGACUGCAGGCUCAACUGGACAAGCAAUCUAACAAUCAAUCAAAUAAUCAAUCAAAUAAAUGUUGCUGCCCGAAUCAGAAUUCGGGCCGUGAAAGUAAUCGAAAUUUUCGCUACCAGUCGGGCGAGGAUGAGUUGAAUGUGAUGUUGCUGAAGAAUAACUGCCCAAGACGACGUCCCCAGGCCAUCAAUUGUCAGUGUCCAGUUCAUUCAGAGCCCUAUAACAAUAAUCCGCCUCCCCAGGAUCCGGUACGAUACCAUGAAAAUCAGCCAAACGGGCAGCCACGUAGUGAGAAUCCACAAAUGCAAGCUCCGGAGCGGUAUAACAACGAUCAGACGAACUUUAUGGUCUAUCCGUGCGGUUGCCAAUAUGACAGCUUCCGCCAACAAGCCGAUGAUCCGCCCAAUGUGCCCAAUUACUACCAACAGAACCAACAGUACGAACCGGGGCCAACGAGCUAUCCGGUCCCAGCCUUGCCGAACACAACCGCACAAAUGGAUGAGUUCGGAGAUAUGUGUGUGCCCUGCCACUUACUGAACGAUUUCGAUCCCUCCACUCUUCCGCCACAAGCACGGGUGUACUGCUUCUCCACCGAGAACCCAGAAAGUUGGCGACAGGACAUGAAUUACGGACCACCGGGUCAAAAUGUAUGCGAGGAGUGCAAGAGACAAAAUAAGUACUGUGCUGGAACCUGUCCUUUAAAUCAACCGACUAGCGAUGAUCGAUCAGAGUCGGUAUAUGAUUCAUAUAAUGCGCCUUGCUACUGCGAUGGAAGAGGUCCUGGUAAUGGAAGUGCUUAUUCGCAAGACUCCCGUCAGGUAGCCAAUCAAAACAUUCCACCUAAUUAUCAAGAGGACGUACCUCAAAUAAAUAAUAUGCCGGAAGAGGAAUAUAGGUCACUGGAUGGUCGUCAGAGAGCAGACUUUGGAGAAUCCUCUGACGAAAGAGGCAAAGGUCGUCCAUAUCCUAGGAGGAAAGAAGACUUUGACGAAGAGCCUCCGGUGAGAACGCAGCGCUCCAAUGACAACUCAGCGCGAAUGGGUCCAUUCCUUCGGGAAAGCUGUUGCAGCGAAGCCGCCUGUUGUAAUCUCCGUAAUGAAGAUGCCCAACGCCCAAAAGCACCGCGCAAUGAUGAAGAUUCCUUUACUCAAUAUGAGUCAGCAAAUUCUGAUUACUCGAAUUCAAGGCGGAACAAAAGAAAGGAGGCGCCGGUUGAUAAUCCAGAUCCAAACUUGAAAUUAUAUUCUUUGGCUACGGACGAUUCGCAAUUUGGGACGUAUUGUGAAGAAUGUUCCAAUUUCCGUCGUAAUGAAGACUAUCGAGAUAAUAGGAAGGCGAGACCUCCUCCAUACGAUCGUAACAACCAGGAUGAGAGACGGGACAGCACAGGUUCAAGAUCAAAGGGUCCCGAUGAUCGCAAUUACCAGGACGGGAACCGAGCAAGCAUGAGUUCCAGAUCGAAAGAUCAAGAAGAUUCUCCUCCAUCGGUCUGUGAAUGUACAGAUAAAAAACCACGAUCCAAAGCUCGAUCUCAAGAAGAUCGGGACUAUCAGGAAGAGAAAAGAGAUAGCGUGAGUUCCAGAUCAAAAGGUCAAGACGAUCGAAGCUACCCGGACGGGAACCGAGCCAGCGUAAGCUCCAGAUCAAAAGGUCCAGAUGUUCCUUCUUCGCCAGACAAUGAAUCUGACAACAAAAAAUCUCCACCCAAGGCACGGCCUCCAGAAGAUCGUAAUUACCAGGAAGAGAGAAGAGAAAGCACAGCUUCCAGAUCAAAAGGUCCAGACGAUCGGAGAGACCAGGAUGGGAAACGAGGGAGCGCAAGUUCCAGAUCCAAUGCUGCGGAAAAGCCUCCGCCGCCUGACUAUGAAUCUGAGAAUAGGUCUCCGGACGUUAAAAAGAUGCCAAAGGAAGAUUCCGAUACAAUGGAUGAAAAACCAAAGCGGAGAUCUAAAAACAAUUAUGAGGAUCAGAAGGAGCAACCCGAGGACCAGUACGAAGACAACUGCAUCGAUGAAAACUGUCCAAAAAUGGGAGCUAGGAACAGGCAACGAAAUGAACAAAAUAUCAACAAAGGAGAUGACUAUUGCAAUAUUGAAAUGUGUCCAAGACCACAACAAUGUCCUUAUUUGAAAGGAGGUAGUGGACGGAAAUUUAACCAAGAGGCCUCUAAUGAGGAUGAUCAAAGUAGGAGUUAUGACUUUGAACGCCAGUCGCCUAGACAACAAAAGGAUCGCAGGCGUCAAAAUGAUUGCAACAAUUGCACCGACGAUACAUGUCCUUACGGAGAAGAUGAAAAUAGGAAUUAUUCGAAUGAACGCAGCACCAGACAGCGGCAGACAGGAUGCAACAAUUGCACCAACGAUACAUGUCCUUACGAGGAGAAUAAAAGAGCUCCAGAUGAACGCAGCAACAGACGUAAGAUGCAAUGCAACAAUUGCAACGACGAUACAUGUCCUUACGAGGAGAAUAAAAGAGCUCCAGAUGAACGCCGCAACAGACGUAAGAUGCAAUGCAACAAUUGCAACGACGAUACAUGUCCUUACGGAAAUGAAAAUAAGGGAAAGGGACGGGAUUAUUCAGAAGAACGUAGCACCAGACGUCAGAAGGGAUGCAACAAUUGCACCAACGAGACAUGUCCUUACGAAGAGGAUGAAAAUGGAGAUUAUUCAGACGAACGCCCCACCUCAAGACAGAAAAAGAAUCGUAGAAAUAAUGGUCGGACGAAUGAUGAAAACGACACAUAUCCUUAUAGAGAUGAAGAGGAGAAGGGUUAUUCCAAUGGACGCCGCACAUCACGAUCGCAGAAGAAUCGUAAAAAUCGACCGGAUGACACUACAGACACAUAUCCUGAAGAUGAUGAUGAAAACAAAAACUAUUCUCCAGAACGACGACAAAAAGGACGUUCUAAUCGAGAGGUGGACUGCAAUAAGGACACAUGUAAAUACAAAAAUAAGGACUCAUCAAAACAGAAAGAUAGCUCGAGAAGAGAUUCCGACAAGAGUCGAGGGGCGGAUGAAGUCUUUUGCAAUGACGAAACAUGUAAGUACAAAAAGAAUGAUUCAUCGAAGAGCACCAAGGGCGAAAGCACCAGGAGGGAUUCCAGUGACUCCUACAAGGAUGCUCCAACCGAUGGCGACAAGAAAAGUUCCAGAAGAUCCAGAAGUAAUUCACCUUCAAAGAACCCACGCUGCCCACCCAGAAAUAAGUCUGCCGAGAAAAGGAAGAAAGCGGCGAACUCUAAAAAUUCCAAAUAUGACGAUAGUUCUCGCGACUGGGAUAGAAACCGGGAGGAAAGAUCUGACAGAUAUCAGGUAGACUCUCGUAACAGUGCAGAACGAUCCGGAAGAUUUUUAAACUACCAUAUAGCGAGCAAUGAGGAUGACUACUACUCCGAUGAUUAUGGAAGAAACAAUUACAAUGAUAGGAACUUAGUCGAUUGUAAUUGCAGUGCAGAACGUAUGGAUACUUCGCCCAGAAGAAAUGGAAAUGGACGGUCGCAGAGAUCGGCCCCACCCCGAAAUGACAAUAGAAGAAAGAUGGACGACUAUGACUACGAUGACGAUUAUGAUGACAAUGAUAGGACUUAUAAUAGAAAUAAGAAUUCGAAGCCAGCUCCACCAAAAUCAACGAAGGCGAGGGGAACAGAUCCAUACCCAUCUGAAUACGAGUGUCGGUGCAGCGAUAAGGAAUUUUGCCAAAGAAAGACAAAGAACGGUAAGGGCCAAGGGCCAAAGGACGAUCAAAGCCCGAAACCCAUAGACACUGGGGAGCCGAAAGACACGCAACCGGCAGAUAAUGAAAAUGAUGAUGAUAAGCCCCAGAAAACUGAAGAAAAUGAGAGAACUGUGUGUGAAUGUCAUUCCGAUUCCGACGAAAAAAUCAAAGCGGAAGAACCAGUAGCAGAUGACUCUGUGAAGCGACCUUCGGCUGGAAAUGUAUUGAUUACUUCGAAAAGUCCUUUCCUAUCAAGUAUCAAGAAGGCCCUUCCCCUUGGUCUGACCAUACUCUCUCCGAUUUGCAUACAAAAUAGGCAGUUUGAAGUGGUCGAGAACUUCCCCAUUCAAGACCUGACCAGUCUCAUGGAGCAAGUACAGGAAUUUAGAUCACCCUCCCAGGACUCGACUAGAAAUUCCCUGCCUGUGAAGAAAAAGGCUACAUAUCACUAUAAUGGACCAUCAACAUCUUUUGCCAAAUCUUCCAAAGCAAGCUCCAAUCGUGGAGCACCGAUAGCUCCAAAAUCCCCGAUGGGGGAGACGACCAAGCGACGAGGGGCUGGAAGUCCGCAGGGCAGACAUAUGACCCCUUUAGGCAUCCGGCGCCCAACCUUCCGGAAGCAGGAAUCUACCAAGGACUCUGCCAAUAGCAAGUUUCUCUUUGACAUAAACUCGGAACAAUAUUACAUUUGCAAAUUACAGGACGACGGUAGCGCCAAGCAGUACCUCAUUCUCAUGCCGAAGGAGGCGAUUGGAGGACCCGACGGCCCCCGGGAGGUCCCAGGACAGAGUUCUGCCAAGGACCGGCACUACUGCCAUCGGCAGAGUUCCGGCUUCCAGAGCGUGUCCUGGGCCCAUCCGGGGUCCACGAACCAAUCGCAAGAGUCCCAGCAAUCUAAGAGAUUAGAACCGGGCGAGUGCCAUCCCAUAUUUCCAACAAUUGAAUGGAUCAAGAACCACUUAGCCGCUGCGGUGAUGGAUCCCAUUGUGGAUACCAAAAAAGGCAUUCCCACGCGAAAGUUGCGCCGCAAAGUUGUAACGAAGCUGCUGUCAUCGAAGUCUCGAAAAGCCUCCCAAAAGGCCAAUACCAAGGGGACUGACGAUAACCGGGCCCUUCUGGUUGCCCACAAAGUCAUCUGCCAAGGAGAAAUGGAGAAGACCGACCAACAAGUAGUUGUCCUGCAUCCUCCAGUGGCAGACUUCCGGCCAUCGAGAUACUCAUUCGAUAAGGACAUGGCUCCCGACAGCGCAGCCUCUCCGGGACCAAAGCCCCUGGCCAAGAAGGCGCCCAAGCCACCCGCCAAGCCCAAGCGAACAGUCCUCCGGUGACAAAUCCAUAGCUGUUAUGUCUUCACACUUACUUCCCUGGCCGCAUGGCCAACGAUUCAUAUAAAGUAACAGCCACCAACCGAAGCCUCUGGA